GGGAAGUUGGGUUGCGUCGCAAUCAGCAAGGGAGAUCAGUCACCCACUCUGCAACUCGCACUCCCAGUUUCUUAAAUAAUGAAAACUUCAAGUCUCUGGACGCUUCUUAUUCCCGAGAAACCAGCAUGGCACCUGGCAGGAUGCACUUCGCGCAUCGGGUGUGCGCCUCGAAGUCCUUCAUCUUGGCUGCAGUGAUACUCGCUCUGUUCUGCGACACCUUUCUAUAUAGCUUCCCUGUCCCGAUACUAGGCUACAUGAUCGAACACCGUCUGCAAAUCGACCCAUCCCAGACCCAGAAUAUAAUCACAGCGUUGCUCAGUCUGCACGGGCUUGCGACUCUGGCAUUCGCCCCCGUCAUCGCGCACUUUGCGGGGAAAUGCCCAACCAGAAAAGCCCCGUUCUUGAUAAGCCUGGCUGGAUGUCUUGUCGGUACACUCUUGCUUAGCUUGACUCCCUCUCGUAUGUCCCUCGUCACAGGCCCCCAGUCGAUACUGAUAACUGCAGUCCCGGCUCUUUUUAUAGGUCGUCUUAUCCAAGGAAUCGCCGGUGUAGCCACGUGGAUUGUAGGAUCUGCUACCUUGAGCGACCAUGUGAAGCUGGGGAAAGUCUACGGAGUGUUCAUGUCGUUGGUGAGCGCCGGGGUUGUGGCUGGCCCUGCAGUGGCCGGCGCUGUCCUGGAGCUGGCGGGAUACUGGACUGCAUGGUCUGUCCCAUUAGGGCUUCUCCUCCUCGAUAUCCUCAUGCGCUGCGCUAUGAUAGAAUCUCCCAGGGCGCCAUCGACUGCCACCAAGUCCUCAUCUCCCACUCCAACGCCAUCCACAGAACCCAGCGAGGCGUCCGCACUCCUACAAACCAUUAACCAGCUGAACAACAUGAACACCGCAGACCCAGACUACCAGCCCUGGCGCGACAUUGGCCCAGAACCAGACCCAGACCCAGUGCCCGAACCCGGCUUCUACGAACUGAUGCUCUCAGACUCCCGCGUCCUCGUCGGCCUCGCCAAUACAGUCCUCAGCUCCGCCCUCCUCGCCAGCUUCGACACAACCCUCACCUUGCAUAUCCGCAAUACCUUCGGCUGGGGCCCUCUCGCCGCGGGGAUCAUGCUCUUAUCUCUACAACUCCCAUUUCUCCUCCUCGGCCCUCUCGCCGGGUGGGUCCGCGACCGUGCGGGACUGCGGUAUCCCACGACCGUGGGCUGGGCACUUCUUGCGCCGGUGAUGUGGCUGAUCGGUAUUCCCGGCUCUGGGAUAUUCGCGCCCGAGUCACCGGUCAACACCGAGACGAUGUUUAUCUUUGCAGUGGUUGUGUUUGGCGUCGUUGUGCCGUUUGUGAGGGGAGCGGGCUUUUUGCAGGUUUCGCUGGUCCAGAGCGAGUUCGAAGCGAAAGACCCAAGCUGGUUUGGUUAUAAUGGAGGGAGUAAUCGGGCGUUUGCGCUGCAGGACAUCGCACUCAGUACGGGGCUGAUGGUCGGUCCGUUGAUAUCGGGGUUGUUGGCUGAAUCUGCUGGGUAUUACUGGGCGAGUUGUGCUUUUGCCAUCUUGUGUCUCCUUUCGGCAGUUGCUUCGGUAUUCUUCCUUGCCGAUAAGCCAGUGGUAAGUGAUGCGGAUGUUUGAUAUGUUAAUAGUAGAUGAGUAUAUUAGUGAAAGAAUGUAUAUCCGGCGUUACGCUUGACAUUAUUGAUUAUUGCAACGGCCGUUAUACUGUAAUUAUCUCGUUCUAUACUUCUUAAUCAAUCACACCGACUGAUCUCUUUCGGCGAAUUUUC